GACAUCAGAGUAGGGACGGCGCCUUUAUUCUGAAGAAACCAGAGCGGAAGUGCUGCCGCUGAGGAAGCAGAAAGUAGAGCGCGAGCCUAGAGAGCUGCUGAAUACAGACGAGAUGGAAAACGUUUCCAUUGACAGUUUAAUCCUGAAGCUCCACGAUGUGGACGCGGUGAAAUUUGGAGAAUACAAGCUGAAGAGCGGCAUGAUGACACCCAUUUAUGUCGACCUGAGGGUCCUCGUGUCCUACCCAGCGCUCAUGAACCAGGUGUCAAGUCUCAUUUACCAGCGUGUGCAAGAAGAGGGACUCCAGUUUGACUCAGUGUGUGGGGUUCCAUACACAGCCCUGCCUUUGGCCACGAUCAUCUGUUCUAGACAUGAGCUGCCCAUGCUCAUCAGGCGAAAGGAGGCCAAGGACUAUGGAACCAAGCGUCUGGUGGAGGGCUCAUUUCAGGAGGGGGACAUAUGCCUGAUCAUCGAGGACACAGUGACCAGCGGCAGCAGCAUCCUGGAGACUGCUGAAGUGCUCAACAAAGGGGGACUGAAGGUGACAGAUGCCGUAGUACUAAUGGACAGAGAGCAAGGCGGUGUCGACAGGUUGGCUUCUGAGGGACUCAAGCUCCAUCCCAUCAUCUCCAUGUUCAAGCUGCUCGACGUGCUGCUGGCAGCAGAACGCAUCGAUGCUCCAACUGCCCAGAAUGUCCGCAAGUUCAUCCAGGACAACAACACGUUCCGGCCCAAGGAGGAGAAUGGCAAUGGGGUUCCUGCCACCAAGAAGCCAUGUAUGGAACAGAACAUGGAGCUGAGCUACGCAGACAGAGCCAAACAACCCAACGUCCACCCUCUGGCGUCAAAGCUGCUGAAGACCAUGGAGAAGAAGCAGUCUAACCUCUGUGUGUCCGCCGACGUGACGAGCAGCGAGGAGCUUCUUCAGCUAGCAGACUCUCUGGGUCCCAUCAUCUGCAUGCUAAAGACCCAUGUAGACAUCCUAAAGGACUACACAGCGGCUUUCAGCCAGAGACUGCAGGCUUUGGCUGAGAAACACAACUUCCUCAUCUUUGAAGAUCGCAAGUUUGCUGACAUAGGGAACACAGUGAAGCAUCAGUAUGAAGGUGGUAUGUACCAGAUUUCGUCUUGGUCCCACAUAGUGAAUGCCCACGGGGUGCCGGGGCCCGGGGUUGUGAAGGGCCUGAGCGCUGUAGGAAAGCCUCUGGGCCGAGGCUGUUUACUUAUAGCACAGAUGAGCUCCCAGGGGUCACUGGCUACCGGUGAAUACACAAAUGCUGUGCUGAAGAUGGCAGAGGAGCAGUCAGACUUUGUGAUUGGCUUUAUCUGUGGCUCUAAGAUCACCAAGAGGCCGGAGUUCAUCCACAUGACCCCCGGGGUGCAGAUGCAGGCUGGAGGUGAUGGGUUGGGCCAGCAGUACUCCACCCCAGAGGAAGCCCUCUACAACAAAGGCUCUGAUGUCAUCAUCGUCGGUCGGGGUAUCCUGGAGGCCCCUGAUAGGCUGAAAGCUGCUGAAUCAUACAGAAAGUCAGGCUGGGAGGCUUACACAAAGAGACUGGGCCGGAGUGGCCAGUAGGAGCUCAACCAAAGAGUCGGAUCUGCAACAUUACGUCUAAUUUCAAAUUUAUGCUGCAAGUCAAAUAAAGGACCUCUGCGGGUUACCUU